UCAGUCAUGCUGGUGAGUGUGGUGCGGGUAGAUUAAAAAUUAGUAAUUCUUCAGCAGAGACAGUGUUCUAAUAAAACAAGCCAGCUGAUGUUUUAACUGGGAAGACAGCUGGCCACAUGGACUCUAUUAAUCAGGCAUCGAUAAGAAGCAUGUAACGAUAAAUUGUUCAGAAAAUCGACGACAGGUAUGUUUCUAACGAGUGUACGAAGGUGACGAACGAACUGCUCUAGAAAAUAGAUGUAUCUCCUUAAGAUGAAAGUCAGGACAAACAAUCAUGUGAGUGAAUGUAUUGUGGCGUAAAUAAAAAUGAAAUAUAACAAUACGAUAAAAAGAGUGAACAAUGGCGUCUGAACAUCCAAAGACCGUAAGUGUAGUUCAAGACUAGAAAACUGAAGAUUCCUCCACAAGUUAAUGAAAGUUUAAAAAAAAGUGGUGUCUAUAUUUCUAGAUGGCCAUAAGUAUACUUUAUGACUAGAAAUUGAGCAGUUACCUCUUAAACAUUGAGCGACAAAGGAAAAUGGUGUCUCAUUUUCACCUAAAAGGCCCUUAGUGUAGUUUAUGACUGGAAAUUAUAGUCGCCCUUAACACAGUGAAUCGUAAAGGAAAAUGGGCACCCUGCUACCCAGAAUACCUGUAGCGUAGCUUACCACUAUAGAAGACUACCAGGAGACCUUACGAACAGUGAGUAGUGAGGGAAGAUGGUCGUGGUGCGGGCGGGGUCGUGGGCGUGGGCGUUGCUGGCCCUGGUGACAGCUGCUCGGGCCCGUAUCUUUUGCUACAACGGAGGAUACUGCGUUUACAACCGCUGUAUCUGUCCCGAGGGCUUCUACGGCACUCUCUGUCAGUAUGACCGUGACGAGUGCGCCCAGGACAACGGCGGAUGUGAGCAGGAGUGUAGGAAUACGCUGGGGUCCUACGUGUGCUGCUGCAGUCAGGGAUACAAGCUCCUGCCUAACAAGAAGUCCUGUCAGGAGGUUAACGAAUGUGACGACCACAACGGCGGGUGUUCUCAUACUUGCGUCAACACCGUCGGCUCCUACGAGUGUCGCUGUCAGCCCGGCCACCGCCUCCUGCCCGACGGACGUACUUGUCUACCUCCGCCAGGCAGCUCCUCUGUGGUGAUCAAUAGUAGGAGUUGUGAGGUAAGGAACGGCGGCUGUCAGCACCUGUGUCGGGAGGUCCAGGGGCGUGUCACCUGCUCCUGUAGGCGGGGUUACCGCCUGUCGGGGGACGAACGGCAAUGCCUUCCUACCAACCCUUGUUCUGUUGACAAUGGAGGCUGUCACGACCGCUGUCAUGUCGACCAGGGGAGGGUGCGAUGCUCCUGCCGGCAGGGGUACAAUCUGGACAACGACCAGAAAACCUGCAUCGACCAGGAUGAGUGCCAAACAUCCGGCAUCUGCAGCCAGCAGUGCCGAAACACCCCAGGGUCCUACCAGUGUGUCUGUUUCACUGGUUAUGAGCUGGGUGCUGACGGCAGGUCCUGUGUCAGGAUGAGGGUGGUGAAUCCGUGCCUCACCAACAACGGCGGCUGUCAACACCUGUGUCACUACAACGGCGAUAAAGUCAAUGAUGAAGGAAGAACCACCCCAGCUUUCGUUUGUAGAUGUCACCCAGGGUAUCACCUCCAUCCUGAUGGGAAGAGUUGUCAGGACGUGGACGAGUGCCGUGUGGGGGGUCACAGGUGCCAGCAGCAGUGUAUCAACACUCAGGGCGGCUACACCUGCGCCUGUAGCUCCGGAUACACCCUCAGCACCAACGGCUUUUCCUGUACAGACGUGGAUGAGUGUAGUGGGCGCAGGCGAGCCAGUUGUGAUCACUACUGCAGGAACACCCAGGGAUCAUUCACCUGCUCCUGCCGUAGGGGGUACAUCCUCAUUGACGACACCCGCUGUAUAGUGACGUCCAGAGGCCUUGACCACGGCUCCGUUACAUCUCACGGGGACUACGACUUUCCGACGGGGGACGACCUGGAGACGAUAGUGGAGGAGGACCUCUUGAUGUUGGAGAACGAUCUAUCGAGGGUGGGAGGAGGGUGGAUAGUGAACCAGCAGGAGGAAAAGAAGGAGGAGGAGGAGAGGAGGAAAAGAAUAGAGGAGGAGGAGAGACGCAGAAAAAUAGAGGAGGAGGAGGAAAGGCAGAGAAGAAUAGAGGAGGAGGAGAGGCGGAGAAGAAUAGAGGUGGAAGAAGAAAGACGG